CCUGAAGGCAGCGCGGCUGACGGUGUGAAGGAAACUCCCAGCUUCUCGAGUCCCAACCGCCUACCCAUGAACCCACCGGAUAAAACCACAGACGGGUUAACGAAUGUGGUGACAUACUCUACGAUUUAAAAAGAAGCCCGUGACAUUUCAGGGCUGCAGCGCGUGUGGUGGAAGACCGCGUAGGAGGCCGCUGUGGUUCACCUGCUAUCUAUUGGCCACACACACACACACACACACACCCUCCCCUAAGUGGCCCUGCGGCCUACCUUCUCCCCCCAUCACUUCAAGAGGAGACUGGGCUACCUCUGGGUGCGAGACACACCAUGUGCCAACACCGGAGAGGACUUCUCACUGCCCCGUAGACCGCCCUGCCUCCAGUUAAUUUUCCCUAGUCUGAGGACGCCAGUUCUCCGCAUUGCCCGCUGGCCAAGAUGAAGAAGGUGGCGUUGUGGUCAGCAGAGGACGUCUCUGACUGGCUGAACAAAGAGGGGAUGCCGGAGUACAUCGGCGCCCUCCGCCAGAGGGACGGCCCCGCUCUACUCCGGCUGAACGAGGCCGACUUCCAGAUGCCACCCAUCUCGCUGGUGUCAUCCGACGGCGGGCAGCAGCUGCUGGAGCGACUGGAGACCCUGCGGAUAGAGACUCACAUCGAGGCUCACAAAAAUGGCCACGCAAACGGGCAUGCUGGGGGGCUACCCAACGGGACUAGCAAGCCUCAGAGGAACGGCGCUCUCAUGGUCCACAUCCCCAUCCCCGCGGUUGAAACUAUGCGGCCGUCGUUCCCCGUCGAGUGGGGGAAGACGGGCAUAGCGUUUGUCUACGCGGUGGUGUGCUUUGUGACCACCACCGUCGUCAUUUCAGUGGUCCACGAGAGGGUACCACCCAAAGAGCACACCCCCCCGCUACCCGAUAAGUUCUUUGACUUGUUUGACCGGGUGGAGUGGGCCUUCGCCAUCUGUGAGAUUAACGGCAUGCUGCUGGUCGGACUCUGGCUGAUACAGUGGAUUCUACUCAAGCACAGGUCAAUUAUAGGCAGGCGCUUCUUUUUUGUUGUGGGCACACUCUAUCUGUACCGGUGUAUUACAAUGUACAUCACCACUCUGCCUGUUCCAGGCAUGCACUUCAAAUGCUCUCCAAAGCUUCUCGGGAACUGGGAGGUACAGAUGAGGAGGAUAAUGAAGAUGAUUGCUGGCGGUGGUCUAUCCAUCACAGGUUCCCACACCAUGUGUGGAGAUUAUCUGUAUAGUGGCCACACCGUCAUGUUAACUCUAACAUACCUCUUCAUCAAGGAGUAUUCCCCGAAGCGGUUCUGGUGGUACCACUGGCUUUGCUGGAGCUUGAGCGCUGUAGGGAUUUUCUGCAUCCUUCUGGCCCAUGACCACUACACUGUGGAUGUGGUGGUUGCAUACUUUAUCACUACACGUCUCUUUUGGUGGUACCACACAAUGGCCAACCAGCAGUCGCUGAAGGAGACGUCACAGAGCAAUUUGUUCUCGCGCGUGUGGUGGUACAGACUGUUCCAGUAUUUCGAGGAGAACGUCAACGGCACGGUCCCUCGCAACUAUCAGCUGCCGCUGUCAUGGCGAUCGUUGCAGUGGAGCCGCGGCGUGAAGUACAGCAAACUGGACAUCCAGUGACCCACCCCCCCCCCCCCGCCCUUCAAUCCCCCUCCCUAUCCCAGCAAAGCAAGCAAGGACUAUAACUUCCAUAAGUGCUGUUUUUCCCCAUGGAAGAUGGCACUGUUAACCGUAGCGCUGUCCCUUUCCCUCGGUCCGGAUGGGUAGCACUGUGACCCGCCUCCUUUCCCUCUGGUUUACGCUUUGUUUUUUCCCCGUCCUUCCUCUUCUGGUAAUAAUGCGAUCCAACGGCACUAAUUUAUAUUUGUUUUGUGGGAUUUUCCUCGUCGUGGGCCACACGGUGGUUUAUGAAGCAUUUCGACAAACUUCUUAAACUCAGAGUUUAAAGAUUUCUUUUUUCUUUUUUUUGGCCACAAGGACUCGUUAUUUUUUUCCCCCUCUGCACAAAACUAUACUUAAUGUCCUCAAUAAUUUUUGUGCAAAUAGUAUAGUAUCAUUUGAUAACCAAAAUGCCAUUAGCAUUUUCUUUUCCUUUAAAAACAUUUUUUUUAUAGCAAAUUACUUUUUGUAAACUGUCCUUGCUAAAAUGAGUCAACGGUGCAAAUAAUUUUUUUUUUUUUAGUAUUUCAAACUUUAUUUUUCAAAAAUAAAUGAUGUCCAACAAAAGAUUUUUAGAUUUUUACCUUUUUCAAGAUGGAUAACUGAGAGCAUAAGAAUCUAAUGUGGUGUAAUUCCAGUGCCUUUCUAGCUUGAUUGUAAAACAGUUCAAGUAUUUGUGUCUUGUCUCUCUGCUGCCGGUGUGACCACACCGCGGUACGAGGUGGUACUUAGUUAACGGUCUCCUUCCCAUGAAUGUAAAAACAAAUACGCCAGCCUUAUCACAAGAUUGGUUCUCACAAAAAGUAGGUGCGGUAAUUGAAAUGUCCCAUUUAUUUAUUGAUCCUUUAUGAUGUCACUUGCAGUUCUAGCGGAAAACAAAACGACUGUUAAUUUGUUUUUCUUUCUGUUUGUAACACUUUUUUUGUUUUGUUUUACCAAUCAGUCUUUAACAAAUACCAGCCAUGUUUAAAGCACGAUCAUUGAUGCUAGAUUGCCUGGUAGUUUGACGUUUCCACCACUAUUAUUUGCUCUACAUCACUUGGAAGAAGACUUGUCUCUAAGAUGCAGAGUUAAGUUACUCUGCAUCUGGACACUUCUCAGCUCCUCUCUUGUUCCCCACAUUGAGUCCCAUUUUGAAAUCCGAAUGAUCCUCCUUACUGUCGGGCUUUGUAACCUUUGGGAUGGCGAUGACCUCUAGAGGCAAACCUUCACUCUCAACCCUCGUGUCAGAGUUAAAAAAAUAAAAAAAAACUCCCCAACAAAGCAGAAGCUUCUGAGCAUGUCUAGCUAAUCUGUGUGUGUGUGUGGUUUGUCACACACUAAAUCAAGCAACUACCUGUCCGUUUAAGUGCAAAGCCAAAACUCAAAGUAGCAAAGGGCCGUCUGGAACUUGUGUGGGGAAAAAGACGUGUGAUGCACGCAGGGUAACAUUGAUUUCUGUUAAUGUGAAAAUGUGUCUUUAUUGCUAAUCGUAGUCGUGUAUGUGUAGGCUUGUGUUUUUGUUCUGUAGCAUUUCUUUGUGUUGCUAUGACUGAACUGUAAAGAAUAAGUAUUGCACAAGUCAAUCUAUAGGGAAAAAUUUAACGUUUGGAGAAACCUUAUUUUCAAAUGAAAUUGAUAAACUUUGAUGAAGAGAAACUGCACUAAGCUUUUAGAUUAUACAAACCUCAAAUAAAUAAGGAUGUGAUUAUUUUAUUUAAACAUCGUCUAAAGAAGGGGCUGAACAAAUGUUUCCAAUUUAUGAAGCCUAACUCUAUCAAUGCCAACAAAAGUCUUAUUGUUUGAGACCGAUGACGUGUAGCAUUGUCCAAUCAUUUCACUUGAACAUCUCAGUUUUUAAGAGCACAGCUGAUUCCUCACAUUCAACUAUUUUUUUUCAUUUGAACUAAGAGUCCAAAUACAGGGAGGUGUAAGGAUGGUUUGGUUGGGAAGAAAGGUAAUGUUGGUCUUCUUGUUUGCCAAUCAAGUUAGAUUUAUUUUUCAAAGUUUAUUAUCCUUGUAUGUUGCUCUGUAAACUUCCAACAUUGUCCCAAUUUCUGUGUAUUCAAGAUAUUUGUAAGAUAUGAUAAAGGAUUGUAUUUGGGACGCUUUUGAAUAAAACCUUUUACUAAAAUUGUA